AUGAUUCUACUUGAUCGUUCACUAAAAAUGAAGUAUUCAUUCUCACUACUUAAAAUCCAACAUUUCGAUUUCAAGUCAAUUCAUACAAAGAAUGUGAUCUUUCUAGAUUUUAUUUGUAUUUUUAAUCAAGAGAAUAGUCCAAUAAAGCAAAGUGAAAGAUACCAACUUAUAUCCACUAUUCAAGAAAUCGAUAGAAAUUCAGCUUUCUCAUAUAAAUUUCAAUUGAAGAUCUUUGAGAAUUUGAUUAAAUCUUUCAUAACAUUGAUAAAUAUAAUUGUCUCUGUAUUCUUUGAUCUCGGGUUCGUUGUAGCUUGCUCCGAACUCCGAUGCAGAUUGGAAAACUCUAGUACUACUUUUAUAAAAUUCAAUAAAGAAAUUCAAAGAACUAGCAAUAUUUCAUUAAAUAUCGAUCAACUAAAUAAUCAAACCACAUCUUCUAUUUCCUCUUCUUUUGAUUCUUUAAUAUCAAUUUCAAGAUCAUCAUCUUUAUCAUCAUCAUUGCAUAUUAAUAAAUUUAAUAUUAAUAAUAAUAAUAAUAAUAGUCAUCUAUUUAUAAACAAUAUAAGUGAUAAUAAUAAUUCAUUUUCAUUAUUUAAUAAUAAAUAUUAUUAUUCGACUGAUAGUAACAAAAGUAGUAGCAGUAAUAAUAUAAAUCUUAAAAAAGCAAUUAUGAAUACAUCACCUAAUUCAGUACCACCAACAACCACACAGAGAUUAUUGCCGGAUUCGAAAAUGGGUGAUUGGGAACGAUUCCACACACACUCGAUUGCCGGUGUCUUGAAGGGUGUACCCGAUAUUUUCGAUGGUAUCACCGUAGAGGAUUUCCACCAAUACCCAACCGACGAACUCACCUUCAAAAAGUAUCUUGACGCUUCACUUAAGUAUUGGGUAGAUAACCAACGUAGAGGUAUCUGGAUAAAGAUUCCACAAGCACAAUCUAAAUUUAUAUCUAUUUUAGUUGAAUCAGGAUUUUCAUUCCAUCAUUGCCAAAAAGAUUAUAUUAUGUUGACAAGAUGGCUGCCAGAGAACGAUGCCAAUAAACUUCCGGAUUACACUUCACAUUUCAUUGGAUGCGGUGGAUUGGUUAUCAAUGAGAAGAAUGAAAUCCUGUUGAUCACAGAGAAGCAACGUCCAGACAAGUGGAAGAUUCCAGGUGGUGCGUUAGAUGCCGGAGAAGACAUCUGUAAGACAGCGGUGCGUGAAGUCUUUGAAGAGACCGGUGUUCACGCCGAGUUUGUAUCGGUUCUCGGUUUCCGACAGCUCCACAACUACGCAUUCGAUCGUGGUGAUAUCUAUUUUGUUUGUGCGCUGCGUGCACUGUCGUCAGAGAUCAAUAUGGAUCCCUCGGAGAUCGCCAAGUGCAAAUGGUACCCAGUCGAGGAAUUCGUAAAGCUGGCCGCCGAGGAUUCGUUCCCACUGCAACGAUCGGUUGCACGUCUCGCCUAUGAAUACACCUUCAACGGUUACAAAGGAUUCAAAGCAGACGAGGUUUCCAACUCACUUCGCACCGGCAAUUCAUUUGUCUACCACGGUUCCUCAGCUGAUUUCUCAGAUCUCGUUUACAAGCCCAAAAGAGAGGAAAUCAAAAAUAAUAACUAUGAUAUCUGA